AUGCCUGCCAGCACAGACACGAAGCAGGAACAUAGGAGCCCUGAAAGGGAUAGAGAUGGGAGUGACGAUGAGGAAGAUGAAGAUGAGAUUCAAGAGGUCCAUAUCACUGAGGAAGAGGAGGAGGAGGACAAGGAUCCUGCUAGAGAUGGUGUGGAGUUUGAGUGGGAGUCAGGUAGCACAGAUGUGGACUCAAGUGGUUCUGCCGCGGACAUGCAUGCAGUCGUUAUGCGGAGUACGGACCGAGGACAGCGGGAAGAAGAGGCGGACUCGAUAAGCAGCAGAACCCCUUCUGGGCUGGAGUCUAACCCAGAUGAGGACCUCCAGUGGGCAGAGCGGAAUAGGCUGAGCGAAAACACCCGACUGGCCACCCGGUAUGCAGUGAGGAUCUUCAGAGAGUACCUCAGUGAAAAAGCCCAAAAUCCAGACUUUGAAACUCUGGACAAGAAUGCGCUCUGCGCUGUGCUGCGCUCUUUUUAUGCUGAGGCGCGCUCCAAAAGUGGACAGGUGUACAGCAAGUCCUCCCUCAUCAGCAUCAGAAGUUCAUUGAACCGAUACCUAAACGACCCCCCUUACUGCCGUACCUUAGACCUCACCAAAGACCCGGAGCUGCGCAGCGCCAAUCUGACCCUGGCUGCGGUGAUACGGAGGCUGGAGGAGCAAGGCGCCGGUCCCGUGGUGCAGAAACAAGCCAUCACGCGCUCAGAUCUACAGAAAUUAUACGACUCCUCUGUCUUCAACAGCGACACUCCGUUCGGACUCCUAAACAAAGUUUGGUUCGAGACUUGUAUGUAUUUCUGCACCAGGGGCAGAGAGAACCAACGGGAGCUGGAGGAGGACUCGUUCGGUUUGGCCGUGGAUGAAGAUGGGAAAAAGUUUGUCUAUUUUAAGGCUCUUGGACCGUACCACAAGUCCCGCUCCGCAGCCUGGACCAAGAAGCAUCCAGAAACAGAUGAGGAUACCUUGCCACGAAUGUACGAGACUGGUACAGAUAAGUGCCCAUAUGCAAGUUUUGUCCAGUACGUGUCCAAACGGAACCCAGUCUGCAGGGCAUUCUUUCAGCGCCCCAGGGACCACUGCUGCGCGAGCGAUGUGACGUGGUAUGAGAACAAAGCCAUCGGAAAAAACCUGUUGGGCACAAGGAUGCAGAUGUUAUCGCGCGCUGCCAAGCUCUCCAAGACUUACACUAACCACUGCAUCGGCGCCGUGUCCAUAGCAACGCUCAACAGCAUCGUGGGUGCCAAGGGCUUCAGAGUGACAACCACGCUUUACGUUGCCUCGGAGACAGCCAACGGCCACGCGCAGUCCCACUUCCGCUUGGCUAUACCGUACGUGCACCAGCUCAGCGAUGAUUCGGAUAUUCAUUCGCUUCGGAUAACAACAGACACAUCAGAAACGAAAUUUAAGCCAUCAUCACCAUCAACGGCAGCGAGGAGAGCCUGCGCCGAGGAGGAUGCAGCAGCUCCCUCUGCCAAGAAGCUGUGCACGCGCCCUGUGGAGCGCGAGAAGUCGCCAGAGGAGCGGAAGGAGAAAGAGUUAGUGCCUUUAAGGGCCGCGGAGUCUCACAUGACACCCCCGGACCUCCGAUCGUCGACACAGGACAGCCGUGGCAGCAGCAGCAUGUUGACUCACCAGCUGGCCUCCAUGUCUCCUCUGGGGUCUACAGGUAUUCCCACAUCUGCCAAGCUCACCAAGACAAAUGCACCGGUCCACAUUGACGUAGGGGGACACAUGUACACCAGUAGCCUGGCCACCCUCACCAGGUACCCAGAAUCAAGAAUCGGUCGUCUCUUUGAUGGAACGGAGCCCAUAGUGUUGGACAGCCUGAAGCAGCACUAUUUCAUCGAUCGAGAUGGCCCAAUGUUCCGCUACAUACUUAACUUUCUCCGGACCUCUAAACUCCUCAUCCCUGAGGACUUUAAAGAAUAUUCCCUGCUGUAUGAGGAGGCCACUUUCUUCCAGCUUGCUCCUCUACAGGCUGAGCUGGACCGAUGGAGGACUGAGCAGGAGUGCAAGGGGAAGUGUCAAGAGUGUGAGUGCGUCGUGGUUCACAUAGCUCCAGAGUUUGGUGAGAGGAUAAGUGUGAGCACCCACCGAGCAGUGAUAGAGGAGGUUUUUCCUGAGGUCAGAGACAUUUUGUCCAACUCUCUGAACACCAGCUGGAACCAGGACUCCAAAUGCAUCAUUCACUUCCCACUUAAUGGAUACUGCCACCUCAGCUCAGUUCAGGUAUUGGAGCGGUUACAGCAAAGUGGCUUCUGCAUCACCGGCUCGAGUGGUGGUGGGAUGGACUCUUCUCAGUUUAGUGAAUACAUUCUACGGCGGGAGGUCCCAGGCAGCCAUCACUCCACCUUUAAACCCAUCAAACAGGAAACCCUGGACUCAACUGAGGCAUCAUGAAUGCAGUGUUACAGUGAAAUGUGACUGAAUUUUACCGUCUUUGUUACUUUACACAGUUUCCAGAUUAUUAGAAAGUAUCAUCACUAAUGAAAAAAAAAAGAUUUUAUUAAGAAAACCUCCAUAAGUGCAGGGACUGAUGAGGCAUUAGAGGACAGGAAUCAUGUGUUAGCAUUUAGACACUUUUUAUAAAGAUUACUAACAAGGUGUGCUCAGCAUCAUUACAACAAAUUUUUUUCACAAUGUGACAUACUAUCAUACAUAUACAGAAAAUUUUGAAAAAAAAAAUGACAGCAUGCGCUGUUUUUAGGUUAGUCCACUGGAUUACACGUCUUUAUAACAUUAUUUAAAGUAAAACAGUCUGAUUUACACCCUGCUUUAAUGCCUCCAGAGACGUUAAAACAUGGAGCUAAUGUAGUAUAAACAGUACUGCAAAACUUAUACCAGCACUUCAGAAAGUAUGUAUGUUGCUGUAAUUUUGUAUGUUGAAUUGAAAAAAGCUGC